UAGCACUGAAUUCUGCGGAGAAUACCAAAGUCACUGCACCAAUAGCGUUGUGUGUGUGCUUCACGUCUCAUGGAUUCGCCUCGUACCUCUUAUAUAUCGCUGACGACAUGACAUUUGUCAAGUCCUUCGUGUAGAAUAAUUUUUAUUAAAUCUUUCUCUUUGUUGUUAAGUGCGUGAUUCAGGGGAGUGAGUGUUUGUCAAUUGAUUAUUGGAGAUUCUGGUGUUGGUGGCUUUAUUUCCGGAGUUAUUGCCCGGCUUGACAACGAUAUUUGCGGGGAACAGUCAACGUCUGGAAGAAUUCAACACUGAUUUGUUGUAUUUUGUUUUGACAAAAGGGGAGACAGGGGUUUUUAAUAGUUCGUCGAGAUGAAACAUGGUUAUGUUCUGCAGGGUGCACAGAUCUAACGACAAUGGCACUGUCCCCGUCGGAGCGCCGACUCCAAAAAGAGCUUAUGGCUCUGAUACGUGAGCCGCCUGAGGGUGUUCAAGUUGAUGAGGACCUGGUCGGUCAGAACUUGACACAAUGGAUCGUCCACAUGGAGGGGGCCAAGGGCACACUCUACGAGGGAGAGAGAUUUCAACUGCAGUUUAAAUUCAGCUCCAAGUAUCCGUUCGAUUCACCAGAAGUGACGUUCAUCGGCGGUAACAUUCCUGUUCAUCCUCAUGUGUAUAGUAAUGGUCACAUAUGUCUAUCGAUAUUGACUGACGACUGGUCACCGGCGUUGUCCGUGCAGAGCGUGUGUCUCAGCAUUGUCUCCAUGCUGAGCUCAUGCAAGGAGAAGAAGAGACCCCCUGACAAUUCGUUCUACGUUAAAACUUGUAAUAAAAAUCCAAAGAAGACAAAGUGGUGGUAUCAUGAUGAUAGUGUUUAAAUCAGGGUAGACGUGCCGCAGUGAACACCCAUAAAAAUUCUUCAAAUGCACACAAUUCCGAGUGAGAUGGAGAUAAAUCAGAAAUUAGUUAAUUAUUCUUUCCUUUGUGUGCAUAUUACAAGAUUAAACUAUAUCAUCGCCGUAGAAAAUUAAGUAAAAAAUUGAGUCGAUGGCUGAAGAGAUAUAACUAUUGAAAACCUAAUCAUCUAAAGAACUAAUAAAAGAAAUUAUAAUAGUGAUCGAAAGGAACCUCAGAACUAUAAGCUAAGUUGUGAAGCAUUGAGAAUUUGAAAUUGAUUGGAAAGCGAUUUUUAUGUCGAAGAUUUGUAUGAAGGGAGGGACUGGGUAACGAAUGGAGAGGCUAACUGAAGUUUAUCUAUAUUACGCAAAUUAUAUUAGACAGCUGAAAAAGAUCUCUCGUCGUUAGAUAACAAGUUAUUAAAAUUGGGGAGUAAUGAGAAAUAGUAAUGAACUUUUUUUUUCAGUUUAUUGAUAACUUUUGAGUCGAAAUAUACUGCACAAUGCGAUCUAGAGACAGACAUGAGAAAACAGAUUAUAAAAUUGAUUAAUGUUGCAAUUACAUGUUCACUGGCAGAUGAGCUGAAAAAUAAAGUAACUGGAAUAUUUUA